GGCUAACUGUAUAAAUAGCUGUGCAGGAGCCUUUAGGGCUGCUUCUGUUCUGAGUUAAUAAACUUGUUUUCUGUUUCAACACUCUGCCUCAUUCAAUGCCUAAAGAACCGAAGAUAUAACAACUAGAAUUCAAGCUCCUAAGGGAAGGCAGGAGAGAAAUCCAAUGAAUAAUGAAAUAAAAGUGUGCUAAGCCAGGAUCAAGCAUACAGCCUUUACUAUAGUGUUGUCGGUGCUAGUUGGUACAUUUGCCAUGAGAUUUGGGAUUAAAGUGGACAUUAUGCAAUGACUGAUGAAGUCACACUGGAUGGUUCUAAUGUUGCUAUUUUUCUUUUAUGGGUCAAGAUGGGAGGCCAUUCCUAGGGAGUUGGCUGCCAAACACAGACUUUGCUUCUCUGUUCUUUCUUUCUUGCAAGCCAUAUAGUUUGCAAGACAGCCUUGUUAUGUGCUCCUGGCUACUUUCCUUCAUGACCAGAGGCAAGCUCACCUGACCAAUAACCAGCCAAGACACAGUGAAGGCCUUUUGUUGUGUUUAUUGCAAUAAGUGGGGAGAGAAGCUAUCAAAGCUUGGUUUUCUCCAAAGUUUUAACCCAAAAUAUUUCCUUCUUUAUACAUCACUUAUCCCGGCCGCCACAUCCCUCCUCUUUCCCCGUUGGGUGAGGUACUAUGAAGUUACACUCUUUCCGACCGCCUCCUACAUAUUUCUUGCUACAUACUAAAUCAUACAUCACAUGUACAUUAAAAUUAGGAGAUAAUUCAUGCAAGAUGUGUCAGUUAACAUUAAUCAAUUAAUUGCGCAUGUUCAGUUGACUGAAUUCUGGCCCCCUUUUUAUGACUUCUUAGAAAAAUAGGUUCUUUCCUGUUUUGCUAGUUAUCUUCUAUUACAGAUGUUUUCUUCUUCCUUUUCCCACUCUUAAGAUCCAGCUAUUUUUGCCUACAUAUUUCCUUUACAUCCUUUCUUUAUGCUAACCUCUCCUCUUUCCCACCAUAGCUUCUCUACUCAGUAAAUUUCGAUUGCAGCAAAUUCAAUUUUAAAUUUCUCUUUCAAUAUUAAAUUUUGAAGACCUUUCUUUUACUUCUAUCAGCCUGGUAGGGAAAUGGCUACCAUUAUUUAUUCAUCACAUUUCUACACAGCUCAUUUCACCUAAGUGACACAGGUUACAGUAAAAAUAUUUGAAAUAAAAGCAUAAAUAGGAACAAGUUAAAACAAUUUUUAAAAGACAGAGUUAAGAUAUUAAACAUUAAAAAGGUUGAGAGAACCUCAUCAUGAUCCCAACCAUCCCCAAGCUUCCCUAUCACUCUUUGUUUGACCCACAUGCUAAUUGGCAAAACCAGGUCUUAGCGCUCUUUUGGAAGGCUAGAAGAGCGGGGCCCUGCUCAUGUCUGGGGGGGGGGUACACAGAGGGCAGGGUUGCUACACAGAAGAACCUAACUGGAGGACAGUGAAUGUCUACCUCUUUGUCUCAGAGUAAAAUGUGAAUUGAUUGAUUUCCCUCCUUUGUUUUUACAUGCUUGCUGACAUGCCUGAUUUUUUUCCCCCAGAAGAUGCCUGGGGCUAGAAUUCAUAUCUGACUCUCCUAGCAAAUGCCAGUGGUCAUGCUGUUUGACUCCAUUGUCAGAGUAGAGUUUAUCUGGUAUUGGCUGGAUGGAAAUGGCAAGUGGAUUGAGUAUGGCCAAAAGGAUUCUGGGCACUGUGUUUCCUCAAUAUCAUCCUCUGAGUUAGAAGUUAUUUUCCUAACUGACUACAGAGGAGUUGUAUUUUUCCAGGCUGGGACUCAGCUGUAUUCAUUAAAUUUUCAAGAGAUGGUUCAGAGAAAUGUGUACUACGGAACACAGAGGAAAGUCUGCAGAUGGCCUCGACUUGUAUUUUUUGGAGGUAGACGCAAAAGUGAGAAGAGCUGCCGUUUUGAAUCUUCUUUUCCCUUCCACUUGUUUCCUUCAAACUGGGAUCAGUCAGCCCUUCCUGACAUAGGAUAUAAGCUGAUAGAGAUCUCUGAUUCUUCAGAAGAAUAUCAUGAAAUCAAGAUACUUUUUGAGAAGACAAUGCAAGAUUACGUUAUACAUAGACUUCAAAGAAUUCAGAAUCCUUCUCUCUGGCAGGUCUUUCAGUGGCAAAAAGAGCAGAUGAAGAAGUUGAAUAGAGGAAAGGAAAUUGAUGAACGGCUCUUGUUUCAUGGCACUAACACAUCUCACCUGUAUGACAUCUGUGGGCAAAACUUUGACUGGAGAAUUUGUGGCACGCAUGGAACACUAUAUGGAAAAGGAAGCUAUUUUGCCAGAGAUGCCUGUUACUCCCACGCGUACUGCAAGUCGAAAAGUCAAACAAAGGCCAUGUUUGUAGCUAGAGUUCUGGUUGGAGACUAUGCCCAAGGAAAAGCUUCUUAUGUCCGCCCUCCUCCUAGACCUAACCAAUCGAAUGGCUUCUAUGAUAGCUGUGUGGACGAUGUUCUGAAUCCUUCUAUUUUUGUCAUCUUUGAGAAGUAUCAGAUUUAUCCAGCCUAUAUUGUUGAGUAUGAGGAACUAUCCCAUUGUGCGAUCAUGUAAAGGCAGCAAUUCUUUGGUUGUUGUUUUUUCAUGGCUUUUCAUUUUUUUAUAUGUAUAUAUAAAUUUAAAAUAUUUCUUAUUUUAAAA